AUUGGCAACCGUUCGCCUCGGAACUCACGAAGGCAGCGGCGUCCGGCGGCCUCCGGCGUCACCAUGUCCGUUGCCACGAGUGCCAGCCGAGUGAAAUUUCCCACAGCGCGUCGUGCGUCUGAAGUGGAACCCAGGGUUGCAGAGCGAGUGUGCUGCUCUGCGGGCCUCCUGCCGGAAAAUUACCUGGAGUUGUUCAGAAAGAUCGUGGGCAGGUUUGAGCUCUGUCUCGACGAAAACGACCAGGUAGUGGCCAGCCUGGCGACCAUCGAACUCUCGGACGACACCGUCUACCUGGGCCUCAUGAGCAUGAGACGGCCGGAGGACUGGCCGUACGUCUACCAGCUCUGCAAGGAGACGGUCGAGAAGCACUCCACCAAGAACGUGUUCGCGCGCGUCACCGAUGAGAUGGAGCGCGCCUGCAAGAUCACGGAGGUGCUGCGCGUCCGCUCGCCCUGGAUGCUCGUGAAGACGGUGGCCAAGGUCAUAGAACCGAGCAGGCUUGUCUACCGUAUUCCGGGGGUAACGACGCAACCGAUAACGCCGCAGAACUUGAAGGAAGUGGCUCUUUACGAUGAGUGCGUCAUGAAGGGUCUGCGGGACAACUACCUCACGGCGCUUACAUCCGACAAGAGUACCUUCAGUCGGGUGGCUCACGAGAAAGGCGCCGUCUGCGGCUUCCUGGUCAUGCAGCCGCUUCCCGACAGCUCCGCGAUCGCCACGCACCUGGUGGCGAAUGACAAGCACGUGGCCAAGCUGCUUCUGCUGCAGGCGCAGAACGACUACCAACCGGCUGCACGCAAGGGUAUCGUGCUCGUCGUGCCACUCGUGGACGACGGCAACAGGCCCAGCUCGCACAGCUUUGCCGAGGACCUGCAGCUGCUCGGGGACACGGUGUCCUGCCUCCUCUACUCCCGCUCCGUGCUGCCUUUCGCGUACAAGAGGAUCUUCUCUCUGGGAGACUUCAUCUGA